AUGACUAUCUCGGAGCCAUAUGCUUGCCAUGCAUCCUUUAAUGUUAAUUCUACUAAUACCAUUGUGGCACCAACAGCUCCAUUUCAGCGUACAAUGAUAAAACGGAGUCAAGCAAUUCCAAAUAUACAGGAUAUGGAUGAAAAUAGUCCAGUCACAUUUGAAAUAGACCUGGAACCUAUUAGGAAAAAACAAAUAAAAAAUGAACUUCAAAAUUAUACAAUCUGGGCUGAUGAUGAAUCGGAUAAUCGAUCAGAAAGCAGCGAAAAACCACCAGAAUAUAUCGAAGAAGACAAACCAGUUGUUCUUGGAAUUUAUGUUAAAGCAGCUACAAUCAAUCGAUUAUUAAGGAUAUUAAUUGAUUCAUUUAAUUCAAAUGGUUUAACGACAGAUGACAGUGAAUAUCCAAAAGUGUUUUUCUUGAUGCAUAAAUGGAUAAUGGAAUCAGAACAAUUAGGAAAUAUGUUUUAUGAUCUAUAUAAGAAUUACGGCGAUGAAUGCAAGAAAACAAUGGACUCAUUUGAAAAACGACAAUAUAAAGAUUAUCAGUUAAAAAUAUGUCAUGCAUACAGGUAUUGGAUAAAAAAUUUUCCAUUUCAUUUUGAUCUUGAUCGGCGUUUGAAAGAAACAGCUGAAAGAAUGAAAAUAUUAAUACAAUCAACGGGAAAUUCAGAAUGUAUGAAACUCGUCGAUGUUUCACAGAUACCAUCAUUUGAAUGGAUGCGUAAAAUGACAGUGCGAAAUCAACCCAAAACGAGUAAAAUUGUGUCACUUGGUUUUAAUAAUAUUGAAUCUCAAACAUUAGCAGCCCAAUUAACUUAUCUUGAAUGGAAAACUUUAAGGAGAAUAGCUUUUACCGAUUAUAAGAUGUAUGCCAUGAAAGCGACAUUACAAGAUAAUCCAAAACUAGAACGAUCAAUACAAUUUUUUAACGGCUUAUCAACAUGGAUUAUGUGUAUGGUAUUGUCUAAAACAACUGCGAAACAACGGGCUGAAAUCAUACAUAAAUUUUUGGAUGUAGCCAAGUAUUUGAAAGAAUUACAAAAUUUCAACACAUUUAUGGCCGUUAUUGGAGGUAUAAGUCAUAGUUCAGUGGCACGUCUGUCAAAAACCAUGGCAUGUCUAUCACAAGAAGAUCAUAAAAUGUUAAGCGAAAUGACGGAAUUACUGUCAUCAAAUUGCAAUUAUGCACAAUAUCGAAAAGCACUUAGUGAAUGCGAAGGAUUUAAAAUACCGAUCAUUGGUGUUCAUUUAAAAGACAUUAUAUCAUUACAUGUUGCUCUAGCUGAUAAACUCGAGAAUGAUUUAAUUAAUUUCCGUAAAAUUGCUCAGUUAAGUUUAAUAUUUAAAACAUUGACAGAUUUACAAACCAUCAGUCCACCCGUAGCACCCAAUCAUGAUUUAAUCAAUCUUUUAACGCUUUCGCUUGAUUUAAGUUAUACGGAAGAUGAAAUAUAUGAAUUAUCAUUAGCUAGGGAACCACGAUCAUCUGUCUCAUCGCCAACAACACCAACAAAAUGUCCCGUCUUUGCUGAUUGGGCUGCUGGUGUUUCUAGUCCGCUAGAUAUUCAAACAAUUCAAAAGCAUGUUAAUGCAAUGGUCGAAGCAGUAUUUACAAAUUAUGAUCAUGAUCGAGAUGGUUAUAUAUCACACACAGAAUUCGAUGAAAUUGCACAAAAUUUUCCAUUCAUCGAUACCUUCACUGUACUUGAUGCUGAUCAAGAUGGAAUGAUUUCAAAAGGCGAAAUGCGCAGCUAUUUUUUGCGAGCAAAAUAUCAUGAUUUAAAAGGAGAAUUCAAACAUGAUUUUCAUGAGACAACUUAUUUCAAGCCAACAUUUUGUACACAUUGUACUGGUUUGCUGUGGGGUUUAAUAAAACAAGGAUGGAAAUGUAAAGAUUGUGGUAUUAAUGCUCAUCGCCACUGUAAAGACAUGGUAGUAAUGGAAUGUCGUUCAAAACGAACGCAAUCUGUUCAUAAACAAGGAUCGGUCUCUGAUUCACGUACAAGUCGUCAUUCAUUUCGAAUACGUAAAGCAUGUAAACAAAAAGCAACGCAAACCGAUGAUCUCAAUUUUUCAUCAUCGUCGGGCACAUCUGAGAGUUGUACGACGAGUAGCGACGAUGAACCCCAACCCCAACCAGCAGAGAAAGCAUCAUCUAGCCAUUAUUGGAAUUUAAGAAAACCAACGUCGUUUAAACUUCGAAAACAGCUAUUGUCCGAUAGUAACGAAGAUUAUUAUUAUUACACUCAUCCAACAUCUCCAUUACUACCACAGCCACCAAUAUCAGCAUCUCAACAAUUAAUUCCACGUGGACCUUUGAUAUGUUCUGAUAGUUUUGAUAAAUGGAGUGAUUCGCAAUUUCCCUUUAAACAACAACAGCAAAAAAUACCAUUGGCAUCAGCUACUGUAUCAACAUCGACCACAACAUCAGAUUGCAUCACAAUAAGCACAAUGACAACAACAUCAGGAUCAAUCAAAAAUGAGCAAGAUGAAGAAGAAGAAGAACUAGCGGGUGAGAUCGGAGAGGACGAAAAGGAAGGUGAUGACAAUGGAGAUAGAAUGAAACGAAAAGUAUCAAGAAUAUUGUGUCAAGAUGUAUUAUUGGCGUCGUCGCAUGAUGAGAAUGAAAUCAUUACUAAAAACACAUUUAGUGCAAAUAAAACGAUGAAUUAUGGCAGUAGUCAAGAUGUGUGUAGAAAAUUAAAUCUGACUGAUUCGUUACAUUCUUUACCAACAAUAUCGACUGAUUCACCAACACAAUUAGAAAUAUAUGAACGUCUAAGACAAGCUGAAGAAGAAAAGAAACGUUUGGAAGUAGAAAAUGCAGCGAUGAAGCAAGAGCUUGUUCGAACAAAAUCUAAAAUUAGCUCAUUGAAAAGAGAGAUGAGCUCAAUACAACAACUGCAUUUACAACAGCAACACCAUGUACAACAAACUUCAGUAUCGUCUCAGCAUGAAAAUGAUCAAACAGAUGCAUCGCUCAUUAACAAGAAUAAUACUUCAUCAAUAUUACAACAACAACAUCGACAGCAGCAAGAUGCGAAAGAUUUUCUACUUACUUUUCAAAUAAAAAAGCAGAUACAUACAGAUUCCGAUAAAUCUACAGCAGUAACAAAACCUUCCACACCACAACUAUCGAGAUUAGGUAACGAAAAUGAUGAAGCUUCAUUGUUCAGUGAGCCAACAUCAUCUUCAACUGGAUCACAGACAACUAUUCGUUCUAAUUUAAAAUCUGUGCGAUCGGUACAAGAACAGCAGUCGCAUUAUUAUUACACGUAUCCGAGUGCUUCAGCAACUAUAAUACCGUUUUUAUCGCCAACACAAUCAUCUCGUUCAAGUAUUUCUUAUCUUCCCACAUCGUCGCCUGAACAGCAAUAUAUAGUGCCUUCGCUAUUAUCGUCACCCUUGUCUACAAAUGAUUCCGCACGUUCUCUUGCUCUAAUUACAACUGUGAACGAUGUGCAACAUCUUGUAAAUGACGACAAUACUAGUACUAUUCAUGAUAAUCAGCAAACAGAGCAAUUAAGAUUAUAUUUAGCCGAAACAUUACAACGAGAAAAAGAUAGUACAGUUUAG